UGUGAUGCUGACUUUGACCAGCAGGGUGCAGAGGUUGUGUGUCGAGAGCUGGGCUGUGGUUCUCCUGUGGAGGUUCUGGGAGCAGCUGCUUUUGGUAGAGCAGAGGGUCAGAUGUGGUCAGAGGAGCUUCAGUGUAGAGGAAACGAAUCUCAUAUGUACCUCUGCCAGACAUCUCCUUCCUUGAAACCCAACUGCUCUGGUCUCACAACAAGGAUGUGGGACUAAGAUGCUCUGGUCACACUCAGGCUCGGCUGAUGAACGGCUCAGAUUCCUGUUCUGGUCGAGUGGAGCUCCAGUACCUCAGUGAGUGGGGUACAGUGUGUGAUGUAAGCUGGGAUAUGAGAGCUGCCAGUGUCCUCUGUGCUCAGCUGAAGUGUGGGAGUUCUGUGGCUGUGUUGGGGUCAGACUGGUUUGGGGAGGGGAGUGGCCGGAUCUGGGCUGAUGUGUUUGAUUGUCAGGGAAACGAAACACACCUGUUAAAGUGUCCCAUUUCAUCAUGGAGUCGAACUGCAUGCUCUCAUAAACAGUAUGCUGGAGUUAUCUGUAGUGGUGAGAUCUUACAGUUGCAGUAUAAUAAAUAACUGAAAGUUUAUUACUCCCUCAUUUUAAGCCAAGUAAUAUAUUUUUUUCUCUUCAGGUUCUUCUUUGGCGUCUCAUGAGGGAGGAGUGCGGUUGUCUGGAGGGAUGGAGUGUGAGGGGGAGGUGGAGGUGUUCUUCAGGCAGGACUGGAGGAGAGUUCUGCUGGACUCCUGGAGUGAGUCUGAGGCCUCUGUGGUCUGCAGACAGCUGGGCUGUGGUUCUGUACUCAACACCUCCAGCUCCUCUUCAUCCAGUCCUGAACACAGCUACAUGUGUGUGACGGGUUUCAACUGCUCUGGGAGUGAAUCUCAUCUGAGGAACUGCAGCAGCUCACAAGCAGUUAACUGCAGCUCCACAGAACAGCUCUACAUCACCUGCUCUGGUACAUCUAACACAGUCCACAGCUCCAUCAGGCUGGUUGGUUCUGGGGGAGACUGUGCUGGAAGGCUGGAGGUUUUCCACAGUGGAUCAUGGGGGACAGUGAGUGAUGAAUUGUGGGAUAUUGAGGAUGCGCAGGUGGUCUGCAGACAGCUGCAGUGUGGAGUCGCCCUCAGUGCUCCAGUACCGGUACCAGCCCGGUUUGGAUCUGGAACUGGACCCAUUUGGCUGAAUGAGGUGGAGUGUGAGGGGAACGAGGCGUCUCUGUGGAACUGCAGAUAUCAGCUGUGUGGAGAGGAUGAAUGUGGACACAAGGAUGUUGUAGGAGUCGUGUGCUCAGAGUAUAAAGAGAUCAGACUGACUGAGGGCUGUGAGGGGAAUCUGGAGGUGUACUAUAAUGGAACCUGGGGGAAUGUGUGUGUAAAUGGGAUGACUGAUGAAACGGCAAAAUUGAUCUGUCGAGAGCUGAACUGUGGAAGAACUGGCAGUGAGUCUUGGUCUAAAGCAAGAGUGGAAUCAGCUCCUAACUGGCUGGAUAAUGUAAAAUGUAGGAAACAUGACUCCACUCUGUGGCACUGUCCAUCUUCAUCCUGGGGGGAGAACAGGUGUGAUAAUCGCAAUGAGGUUGCUUGCAUUACCUGGUCCUAA